GUCUAUCGUGCCCGUCCUUUCUCUAUUCCUACUUGCUCCCUAGUUUACCUGCCCAGAGGAGAGAUCUGCCUGUAUAUAUACGAUAUGUAAAGGCUGCGUUGUUUUAGCUCUACGAGGUCGCGGAAGUUUCAGAUUCGAGCUAGUAUUUCGAUUGAUCUCGUAUUCGUCCCAUGAUGGGUGGAUGGUGCGGUCUCCAACACACGGAGGUUGUGGAGACAUUGGCGCCCAACAUGGAGACUGGGGAGUCUGACCCGGCAGCUGAUCCUGGAGAUAGCCCACACGGCAUUGAGGUCGGCAUCGAGUUCAAGCCGGUGGAGCACCCUGUGGAGCCUGUCAACCUUGACCAACCAGUGAAAUGCCCGCUUCCUGAGCCAUCAAUACUGCAUGAUGGGAGGAUAUGGCAAGAGAGGAUGUCUACAGCGGGCGGGAGGCCGAGGACAGACCUCCCGGUAGUGAAGGAAGGGUCACAGCUGGAGCCCGACAGCAGCGCCACAAGGUCACGGUCUGCGGUCCGGAGGCGCGCCAUACUGCCCUCGGUGAGCGCCCCUGAGCAUAACAUCCUGGCGCUGCUUGACGAGUGUGACAUGCCUGAGAGCCAGCGCCCUGCUGAAUGAGCCUGGGCACCGUCUCGGACAUUACUGUAUCUGUACAUUGCUGUAUCUUCCAUCACCGCCGCUAUGAGCUGAAUGGAGCCGUGUUGAAUCUCCGGUCGCAAGUGUAGCAACAGGCUUUUGUGUGGAUUGUUUCUAUAUAUGUGUACACACUUUAUAUACGAGUGAAAGGAAAUCUGCAGUUGCAUCCAUCA